AUGCACAUAGAUGUUGAGAGCCACAACCACAGCUGGGAAGGACUACAACAGAUAAUCAUUGAGUCCUUUGUUGCUGCUGAGGUUAACGACUGGCCCUACGUAUUGCUACCCGAUGUUAUACAUCUCGUUGUCUGGUCACAAAUUACUAUUCCUCGGGACCCGGAGACUAGGGACAUAUCGCCAGAGGGCAGAGUUGUUGUUGACGGUUUUGUUAAGAGGUAUUUUAUAGAUGCUACGGGGUUCGGGGAAUUAUGGUGCGUCCUGUGGUUCAAGAAACUAUCGGGUUUACAGAGCAUACCAAUCUAG